GCGUUUACUCCGCCCCUCCUAAAACUCAAUCUUGCAAUCUCGGGACGACACAUGGCGUGACUCCUUUUACUGCCGCAAGAAAGGAGGCGGAAGGAGCAGAACUGCAUUCGUGAUCUUCGCAAUCAUAGCAGCGACACCCGAUCGUCCGGUUUCCUCUGAUUUAGGACGCCAUGGAUUCGUUCCAUAGGAACACGGAGCAGAAGGAGAUGACUGUUAGUCAGGUAAGUUUCGGCGGGUUCGAUGCGAAGGUCUCCGCGAAGGAACUUGCUGAUUUCUUGGAGUACGAAGCUGGGAUCAUUUGGCGGUGUCGUGUGAAGACGUCCUGGACCCCGCCCGAGUCAUACCCCGUCUUCAAGGGCACUGAUGAUGCCUUCGAUGUGCCGAGGAAGGACGAUUACGGCCGCGUGGUGCCUCACGCAUUUGUUCACUUUGCGCGCCCUGAUGCCGUUAAGAAAGCAAUGGAUGCCGCGGGAAAGUGUGAUCUUGUCUUGAAUGGCCGCCCGCUGAGGGCCAAUGUGGGAACCGAGAGUUCGUUCCGUGUCAACAGGAGGAGGACAACCGACCCCUUCAGAUUCUCCAACGCCUGCGUCGAGAUCGGUAAUUUGGUCAGCAGAGAUGAAUUCUUGGUCAGUUGGAAGGGGCCUGAUUCGGCGGUCGAUUUUGUGAUCGACCCCUUCGAUGAUUGCUGCAAGAUCCUUUUCUCCAAAGAGACAGCUUUCUAUUUCAAAGGGUUGCGGGAAAUGACACUGAUCAUGUGUGAUUUCAAGGUGGAGUUCUUGCUUAGAGACAUCAAUGAAGUGAGAGUACACAAGGAUGCAGCCCCCUUUGUGAUGCAGUUCCAGCUAAUCUCAGCGCCUUACGUGUAUUAUCGGACUGCUGAUGAUGACAUCUACACGUCUGUCCCGUUUAAUCUGUUAGACGAUGAGGAUCCCUGGAUCAGAACAACGGACAUUACACCUAGUGGUGCCAUCGGUCGGUGUAACUCAUACAGAAUUUCACUGUCCCCACGUUUUGGGCCUAAGAUGGAGAGAUCCCUGGCUUAUCUGAGAGAACAUGGUGUAGCUGAGAACCGGCCGAGAUGCCGGCUUGUAGUCCGAGAUGAGCCUGGUUAUGGAGCUCACAUGUCUGAUCCCUUUUUCUGUAUUCAGAACAAAAAAGGUAUCAAUUUUGCAACAAUGUUUUUAGUGAAUGCACUAGUACAUAGAGGCAUAGUUAACCAGCACCAACUGUCUGAGGAGUUCUUUUCCUUACUGAGGUGCCAGAGUGAGAUGGUAAAUGGAACAGCACUGAUGCAUAUCUUGUCUUACAAGCACCCCAUAUUUGAUGCCCCGGGGAGGCUUAAGCUUGUCCAGGAGUGGCUUUUAAGGAACCCCAAACUUCUCAGGCACUCGAAGUUCUCUGAUGACAUUAUUGAAGUGAGGAAGCUUGUUAUAACUCCAACAAAGGCGUACUGUCUCCCUCCAGAGGUAGAACUCUCGAAUAGGGUCCUUCGGAAGUACAAGGAGGUUGCUGAUAGAUUCUUGAGGGUGACUUUUACGGAUGAAGGGAUGCAACAGUUGAAUAGUAAUGUUUUGAACUACUAUGUUGCACCGAUCGUUCGGGACAUCACUUCAAACUCGUUUCCUCAGAAAACUACUGUGUUUAAGAGGGUAAAGGAUAUACUAACUAAUGGUUUUCAUCUAUAUGGUCAGAAGUACUCCUUUUUAGCAUUUUCGUCCAAUCAGCUACGGGAUCGGUCCGCCUGGUUUUUUGCAGAGGUUUCUGGCUCUAUAACAGUGGCAACCAUUAGGAACUGGAUGGGCAAAUUCUCUAAUAAGAAUGUCGCGAAGUGUGCUGCUCGAAUGGGGCAGUGCUUUUCAUCCACAUAUGCCACGGUGAACGUGACACCAAAUGAAGUAAAUUCUGAACUUGAAGAUAUUAAGCGAAAUGGAUAUGUCUUUUCAGAUGGAAUAGGAAAGAUCACACCAGAGCUUGCACUGGAAGUUGCCCAAAAACUGCAUUUGACGGAGGACCCCCCUUCUGCCUAUCAGAUCAGAUAUGCUGGCUGCAAAGGGGUCGUAGCUGUUUGGCCAGGAAAUGAUGAUGGGAUCAAGCUGUCCCUGAGACCAAGCAUGAACAAAUUUGAGUCUAACCAUACAAUCUUGGAGGUGGUUUCAUGGACCAGGUUCCAGCCAGGCUUUUUAAACCGACAGAUUGUGACAUUGCUUUCAUCAUUGAAGGUACCUGAUAGUGUUUUUGAAAGAAUGCAGGACACGAUGAUUCUUAAACUGAAUCAGAUACUUCAUGAUACCAAUGUUGCAUUUGAGAUUCUUACCACCUCAUGUGCUGAACAAGGGAACACUGCAGCAAUGAUGUUGAGUGCUGGUUUCAGACCUCAAAGUGAACCUCACUUGAAAGCGAUGCUCUCAUGCAUAAGGUCCACACAGCUAGGAGAUCUUUUGGCAAAAACAAAAAUUUUUGUUCCAAAAGGUAGGUUGUUAAUGGGCUGCCUUGAUGAACUUGGGGUUCUUGAACAUGGACAAUGCUUUAUCCAGGCGUCAACUCCUUCACUGGAGAAUUGUUUGUCAAAGCACGGUUCGAGGUUUUCAGCAUCACAGAACAAUAGGCAAGUCAUUGUGGGUACUGUGGCUGUAGGCAAAAACCCGUGUCUUCACCCAGGAGAUAUUAGGAUCCUUGAAGCUGUUGAUGUACCUGAGUUGCAUCAUCUUGUUGAUUGUUUAAUAUUUCCUCAAAGAGGAGACAGGCCUCAUACCAAUGAGGCAUCUGGAAGUGACCUGGAUGGCGAUCUCUACUUUGUGACAUGGGAUGAAAAUCUUUUACCUCCAGGCAAGAAGAGCUGGGUACCAAUGGAUUAUACCCCUGCUGAAGUCAAGCAAUUCCCACGGCAAAUCUUGCCUCAAGACAUUAUUGACUUCUAUUUGAAGAAUAUGGUAAAUGAAAACCAUGGUGUCAUUUGUAAUGCUCAUGUGGUCCAUGCUGACCGUAGUGAACAUGGAGCCCUGGAUGAGAAUUGCCUUAAGUUAGCUGAGCUGGCUGCCACUGCUGUGGACUUCCCGAAGACAGGAAAAAUUGUAACUAUGCCGCCAGCCCUUAAACCUAAGACCUAUCCUGAUUUCAUGGGUAAGGUAGACCGUUUGUCCUAUAAGUCAGAGAAGAUCUUGGGAAAGUUGUAUCGUAAGAUCAAAGAUGCCACUGAUGAUGAGUUGCCAUCCGAACUACCAUGCACAUUUGAGGACUUACCCUAUGAUACGGAUCUUGAGAUUAUUGGAUCCUUAGAUUACCUUGCCGAUGCAUGGCAAAACAAGGUUGUAUAUGACCGACAUCUAAAUGCAUUGUUAGCUCAGUACAGAGUCAGCUCAGAGGGGGAAGUGGUUACUGGCCAUAUUUGGUCCUUGCCAAAGUACAAUAGCAGGAAACAAGGCGAGUUAAAGGAGCGGCUAAAGAAUGCAUACAGCUCACUUCGUAAACAGUUCCGGCAUAUUUUUAAGACCAUGAGCCCUGAUCUUUUACAACUUACAGAUGAUGAGAAGUGUUUUUUUUAUGAAAUGAAGGCUUCAGCAUGGUAUCAAGUGACUUAUCAUCCUCGGUGGGUAAAAAAGUACAACGAAUUAAAAGAACCUGAUGGGGAUGGGGUGCCUGCACGGCUUAGUUUUGCAUGGAUAGCAGCUGAUUACCUGGUUCGGAUCAAGGUAAGAUGCCAGGAGAGGGGAACACCAGAUAACCAAAAGCCAAUUGAUUCAUUUGCAAGCUAUCUUUCUGGAAGGGUUUGAUUGCUUUAUGGGUUCAUCAGCUUCUAUGCAGAAUUGUCUUCUCUGGUCAGCAAGACCACUCUACCAACUUUUAGCAUUUAUCUCAUAGGAUAUCAAAUUUGUUUGUUCAA